AUGGCUUCCCUCUCAAAUCAGAGUGUUGGUUCGUCUUCUCAGCAACAACAUCAACAUGAACAAGAACAAGAGCAACAACUUGUCCAACCAAUAACCUGUUCGGUUCCAUGGGAUCAACUGGAAGUUAUCUGUGAGUUAAUGGUAGAUGUUGAAAAUCUGGAGAAACAUGAGAUUCAUCUUGAAGAAAAUAUGAGGUUUCAAGGAUGGGCACCAAUGUUCUAUGAUUUGUGUGGACCAGUCUAUCCAGACUUAGUGAAGGAAUUCUGGGUUCAUGCCACCGUAAUGCCUAAAGCUAUUCUCUCUCUCGUUCAUGGUGAAAUCUUCUUAAUCACAGAAUCCCUCUUAAGAAAGUUGUUUGGGUUGAUGAAUGCUGAAGGUGCUACUAAAGCAACUCCAAGAACUGAUUGGGAUGCUGUCUACACAGAAAUUUUUGAGAAUGGGACGUAA